CACCAGCUGUGCUGGAGCGAUAUCGACUCCAUGUUGCUCAAGUGAUUUUUGAUGCUGGUUUUACAGCGCCACCCAGCGGUUUAAUUCGUAUAUUGAUUCAAAAAGGAUUUACUAGUUCCUGAGGGUCUGGGUUGGAUUUUAAAUAUUAUUUUUGGCUUAUUUUUCAAAAUCAACAAACGAACAGGUUAAUACUUCUGCAAAAGCAGCUACAAAAGGCUCACUAUAUGUAAGUAUCAUGUACUGCAGAGAGACAACAGCUAGGUUCCCACAAAACAGAUUGACAGUGCAAUGUAUUAUAGUAGCCUACUUUUUAAUCCAGACGAAGGCAAAAUAACUUUGAUUUAUUUGAAGCCUGGGGUGCAUUCCUUUUAUUUUAAAAUGGUAGCAUAAAUUGCAUAGAACACUGCAAUGCAGCCAAAUCAAUCAUUCUGAUGCAUAAUACUUUUGCAUUUAGACUUGGAAUUUCACUAGGCUAACAUGAUCUUCUGCUAACAUUAUCAGCACGUGUUGUCAGUGUGUGGAGUACCGGGUCACUACGUUGUCAAGGUAAUGGACGCACACGGUGAAGAAAGGGCCUUUGCUGAUUGGCUUGCAAGCUUGCGACAUCUCGAAUUCCGAUCAAAUCCUGACAUCUGAUUGGUCAGAUCGUUUAUCCCGUAUGAAAAGGGGUUUAGGAGCCAUUCAAAGGUUUACAACAGCAAACCCCAGUGAUUUAUCCAGAUAACCUCACGUAAACUAUUUGAUAGCUACAGCUAUAACUAUUUCAUCCAUAAAGCUGCAGAGGUUAGUGUGGCUGGUGUGCAGGCUGAGGAGGUGCAACUUCAGCAGGGGGUGAGGGGAGGAGAGGGGGGAGGAGGAGGUGGAGGAGCUGUCUUUGGAGAACCAGCAGGUGCCAGGCCAUAUCAGUACACCAGCUCAGCUGCAGGAAGAGCAGGACCAGCAGGGCCUCACACUGGAGACAACAGAGGACCACACACAGCAUGCAGAGAGAAAGAGCAGGUCCUGUUCACAGAGCCAGGCAGCAGGGGGAAACGUGGCUCUCGUCUGGACAGCUUCUUGCGGAGCGUGGAGGAGGAGAGGGACUAUUACAGACAGGAAGCAGACAGCCUGAGGAGGAUGCUGAGGGGCAGGUGCUCCUGUAGCCCCUGUCGGGGGCACCUCCAGAGCCGCAGCCCCACCCGCCAGUCCCCUGUCAAGGGGGGCAGCUAUGAUUCUGAGCUGAUCAGGGUCUUGAGAGAGCGGGACGAGAUGCAGAACAUGCUGGAUAAGAAUGAGCGCCACCUGUCAGAGAUCCAGGCCAACGUGAAAGUUCUGACUGCCGACAGAGACAAGACCAGCAUGCACUACCAGCAGGCCCAGCAGGAGAUAGCGUCGCUGCGUCGCGAGGUACUGAAAUCCAAGUCGUCGCGCGCAGCUAAGAGCAGUGUCACUGUGUCGGCUCAGAGCAUCCUGAAGCGUGUGGAGGCGGAGAGAGACGAGGCCAAGGUCGACCUCCACCGUAUGAGCACAGAGAGGGACAGUCUGAGGGAGAGACUCAAGAUCUCUCAGGAGACAGCCAUCAGUGAGAGGGCUCACCUGGAGCAGAGGGUGGAGGACCUGCAGACAGCCAUUCUCACUCUGGAGCAUGAGCGGGGGGACCAGAAGAGCCGUCUUGCCCUGAUGAGGGAGUCCAUGAUGGGGCUGGAGGAGGAGGUCCACACCCUGGGCAGGAAGCUGACCGCUGCUGAGGACGAACACAGCAGGACCAGGAACGAGUGUGUCAUGCUGAGACUGUCCAACAGUGAGACACAGAACGCCCUGAGUGACAGCCAGCGCAGACUGACCUCCCGCAUCGGAGAACUACAGAACUCCCAGGAGAGGAACAAACUGCUGGACGAGAAGAACGACUCUCUACUGAGGCAGAUGUCUGGUCUAAGAGAGGAGGUGAGCAGUCUACAGUCCACCAUCACUGACCUGGACCAGAGGCGAGACUCCCUGCAGGAGCAGCUGGAGAACAAGACUGACCUCCUUAACUCAGCCCACAACCAGCUGGACGACAAAGAGAAGACCAUUAGGAAUCUCAGGUUGUCCAUUGAGGAUCUGGAGACAUCAGCAGAGAGCGUUCGUGAGGAGCUGGCAGGACGGGAGAGGGAGCUGGAGGCUUUGAGGAGGAGGCUGGGGGAUGCGGGGGAGGAGCUGGGGGCUUUGGCCAAGGUGAAGGAUUCCACCCUGAGGGAGAAUGCUCAACUCCAAGAGGAACUGGACAUGAGCCGCCUCAACAACCAGGCCCUGGAGCUGAAUUCUGAGGACUCUGCCCAGGAGGUGAAUGAGCUGCAGAGGAAGGUACAGGACUAUGUGGCUGACAUCUCCCGCAUCGAGAACCUGCUGUCCACCAAGGAGCGGGAGUGUAGGGAGCACCAGGAGGCUCGGCGGCGUGCGUCGGCCCAGGCUGAGAGCUGGGAGGGGCAGGCGCGGCAGGCGGAGGGGAGCAUCAGCGAGCUGAGGCUGGAGCUGAUGUCCUCAGACAUGGAGAGACGCAGACUCAAGGAGAAGGUGGAGGCUCUGGAGGCCAGUCUGCAGGAGGCGUUGUCUGCAGAGCGGAGCUGCAGCAGCCAGGUGUCUCAGCUCAACAGGAGUCUGCUGCACACUGAGGAGCAGUUGAGACAGGCCCAGGGGGAACACACCGCCACUCAGACUGACCUGGAGAAGACCAGGGAGCUCUGUGUCAAACUGGAUGCCAGCAAGGAGGCUGUGCAGUGUGAGCUGGAGCUGCUCAGGAAGCAGCUGUCCAGUGAGCGUCUGAGCAUGAAGAGCCUGGAAUCCAUGCUGCUGUCCACCAGGGAGAAGGAGCUACACCGACAGCUCAGCUCCCAGGAGAGACACACCGAGAUCCAGCUGCUCAGGGACAAACUCACCGCGGCCGACAGCAAGGCGAGCUCUCAGCGUAGAGAGGUGGCUACAUUGAGUACUCGUUCGGCACAGCUAGAGGCUGACCUGGACAUGACCAAAAGACAGCUAUCUACUGAGCGGUUUGAGAGGGAGAGGGCAGUGCAGGAGCUGCGUCGUCAGGGUCUGUCGUCAUCGUCCUCUGGCCUGCAUCCCUCCUCCCCUCACCUGCGUCGCUCCCUCAGCCCCAGCAGGCCCCUGUGGUCCACCGCAGCCCACCUGGCCAGAGAGAGAUCCCCAGAGAGGUUGGCCCCCUCCCUGAACACUUCACAUUGAAUACAGCACACAUAUAUUUCUACAUCUCACUCUGUGUGUGUGUGUGUGUGUGUGUGUGUGUGUGUGUGUGUGUGUGUGUGUGUGUGUGUGUGUGUGUGUGUGUGUGUGUGUGUGUGUGUGUGUGUGUGUGUGUGUGUGUGUGUGUGUGUGUGUGUGUGCGCGUGUGUGUUUGUGUGCGUGUGUUUGUGUGGUGACAGGAGCCUGGGGUUCAAGGACCUCUACGACUGAACAGAUCUCUCUCUGGAGGAAAGACAACCCAACCUUCUCUCUCGUCCUCACUGUGCUAUGAUGUCAUUCUUCAACUCAAACCUGUGAUGUCAUGAUCAGGACCUCAGGUUCAGAACAACCCUCCUAGACCGGAAAUAGUUUCAACAAGUGUUAUCUCAAAUGUAUGUUUUAUUACAUUUUACAAACUGACAUCACUGUGUUUGGUUGUGUAUUGAUCUGUAAAAUGAGUGACCAUUCAGUAUAUUUUUGAUGAAGAUUUGAUUCAAAUGAACUACAGCUAAAAGAGGGAAAUGAUGUUCUUUCAUUAAUAUAUUCUAUUUUUUGUAAAUUGUCUGAGAGAAGGGCUUUAAUAAAAAUAAUAAUUUUU